ACCAACUGUAGUCCCGCCACAGUAAUCCGACGGUGAUGCGAGUCCUCAUAACGCGAUCGUCACCUGUGACCGCCAGCGGAGCGCCGUAUUACCUCCGCCAGUUCAGUGAACAACGUCGCGGUGCUCCAUUCGUCCUUUCACAUAAAUAUUUUUCCGGUUCAUCUGGCCUUCUUCUUCCGUUUCUCUCCCUGGUUCCAAUCCCGUUCGCCAGGAGAAGCGGCGGAGAGACGGAGGGAGCGCUGAAGAUGGGAUCUUUGCGUAAAAAGGUUCGAUUUUGCGCUUCCGUUGUUCUUCUCUUGCUCUCGUUCCUGCUCCUACUUGGCUCCCUCUCGCUCGUCGGGGCGACGGACAUCCCCCUCGGUUCUACUCUCUCCCCCUCGAACGCCUCCUCCUGGUCGUCCCCGACCGGGACCUUCUCCUUCGGCUUCUUCUCCGAUCGGCAGAGCCCCUCGCUCUACCUUGCCGCCAUCAGCUACUCCGGCGGCAUUAUUGUCUGGUCUGCCGGUGGCAGCGGCAGCGGCUCCGUCGACUCAGCCGCCUCCCUUCAGCUCCGCGCCGACGGAAACCUCUGCCUCGUCAGUGGCUCCGGGGCUCUCGUCUGGGAGUCCGGAACCGCCAGCAAAGGCGUCUCCGCCGCCGCCCUCCUCGAUUCCGGCGACUUCGUGCUCAAGAACUCCACCGCCGUCGUCUGGGACACCUACGACAACCCCACCGACACCAUCCUCCAGUCACAAAACUUCACCUUUGGCCAGGUACUGCGCUCCGGCGUCUACUCCUUCUCUAUUCUCCAGAGCGGAAACCUCACCCUAACGUGGAACGAUAGCAUCACUUAUUUCAACAAGGGGUUCAACUCCACCUUCACUGCCAACAAAUCCCUUGCUUCCCCGGUGUUGACCCUCCAAGCCAAUGGAAUCGUGUCGCUCUCCGAUGCAUCACUUUCUACCGCAGUGGUCAUCGCUUACAGCAGCGAUUACGGCGAGAGCGACGACAUCAUCCGGUUUGUGAAGCUGGACUCCGACGGAAAUCUGAGAACUUACACUGCCGUCAGAGGUGCCGCCGUCGCCUCGCGGCAGUGGGCGGCUGUCGCGGACCAGUGUGAGGUCUUCGGAUGGUGCGGCAACAUGGGAAUCUGUAGUUACAACGAUACGUCUCCUACCUGCGGUUGCCCGUCUAGGAAUUUCGACUUCGUCGACCCAGAUGAUCACCGGAAGGGUUGCAAGAGGAGGACCGAGAUCCAGGACUGCCCAGGGAACUCUACCAUGCUGCAGCUCGAUCACACCCAGUUCUUGACAUACGCGCCGGAGAUCUCCUCCGAGCAAUUCUUCGUUGGCAUCACCGCUUGCAGGUUGAACUGCCUCUCGGGGGGCUCCUGCGUCGCUUCCACUGCGCUCGGUGACGGAUCGGGAUUCUGCUACCUGAAGGCGUCCAAUUUCGUCAGCGGGUACCAGUCGACGGCGCUCCCCAGUACUUCCUUCGUCAAAGUGUGCGCACCAGCUCUCCCAAACUCCCCAUCUCCGCCGGGAGAGCUCCGCUCGCGGUCCUCCAAUCUGAAGGGUUGGCUGGUUGCCGUUCUGGUUUUUGGCACUGUCUCGGGGUUGAUGCUCUUCGAGUGGGGGUUGUGGCGGUGCUUUUGCCGGAACGGCGCAAGAUAUGGGCCAUCAUCGGCUCAGUACGCGCUCCUCGAGUACGCCUCCGGUGCCCCGGUGCAGUUCUCAUACCGCGAGCUGCAGAAGUCGACCAGGCGAUUCAAGGAGAGACUUGGGGAAGGAAGCUUCGGCGCCGUAUACAAAGGGGUCCUCGCGAGCAGGACAGCGGUCGCGGUGAAGCAGCUCGAGGGGAUCGAGCAAGGCGAGAAGCAAUUCAGAAUGGAGGUGGCAACCAUAAGCAGCACCCACCACUUGAACCUGGUCAGGCUGAUCGGAUUCUGCUCGGAAGGACGGCACAGACUUCUGGUCUACGAGUUCAUGAAGAACGGCUCGCUCGACAGCUUCCUCUUCUCCGGUGAGUCCUCCUCGGGCAAGCUAUCGUGGUCGACGCGGUUCAGUAUCGCAGUCGCGACAGCCAGAGGCAUCACAUACCUGCACGAGGAAUGCCGGGAUUGCAUCGUCCACUGCGACAUCAAGCCAGAAAACAUCCUCCUCGAUGAGAAUUACAACGCGAAGGUUUCGGAUUUCGGUCUUGCAAAACUGGUCAACGCGAAAGACCACAGGCAAAGGACUUUGACGAGCGUUCGGGGGACCAGAGGGUACUUGGCUCCCGAAUGGCUUGCGAAUCUCCCGAUCUCAUCCAAGUCGGAUGUGUACAGCUUCGGAAUGGUGUUGCUGGAGAUCGUGAGCGGGCGGCGCAACUUCGAUGUUUCGGAUGACACUGGCCGGAAGAAGUUCUCGGUGUGGGCGUACGAAGAGCUGGAGAAGGGAAACAUCAAGAGCGCAAUGGACAAGAGGCUCGCCGAGCAGGACGUGGACAUGGAGCAGCUGAAGAGAGCGCUACUGGUGAGCUUCUGGUGCAUCCAGGAGCAGCCCUCGCAGAGACCGUCGAUGGGGAAGGUUGUGCAGAUGCUGGAAGGGGUUUUGGCCAUAGACAGGCCUCCGGCUCCGAAGGCCGCAGACGGUGGUUUGGCGGCUGUCACUAGCAGCAGCGCGAACACCAGCAUCACCGUUUUCGUUACGUCAUCUCCGGCUCAGCCUUCGUCGAGCUCAUCGCAUUCGAUUGCAAGCUCCUCAUUGGUUUCCAAGAGGAACUUGGACGAACCAACGUCAUCCCCGGUGGUCGUCGCAGACCAAUCUUCCUCGUAGAAUGCUAUGGAGACUCGAGGUGUUCGAUCUGAAUCGUGUAUGACCGAUUACAUGGAACCAAAGAAGCACUUGGAAGUCUGCUACAUCAGUUUCUGUACAGUAUUAAAUUUGUAGUCAUGUAAUGUACUAUGAGGCGAUUUCUCAUCAUAUCUGUCAAGUUUAUUUGAGAUAAUUGAAGCUGAUCGCUAUAUUUGUAA